GGUAUGCUUAAACUGCGCGCAAAUUAGGGAGUACCGUAAAUAAUAAAUACAAUAACAAAAAAUUGCGCUAGUAAAUAAUAAAAACUUUCUAAAAUUUGUAAUACUUUGUAAAAACUCUAAAUAGAGAAAUCUUGAACAGACAAAUGGACAGUCCUUAUUUUAAGUUGAAACGCUUAGACAACGAAGAAUUUAUAAAUGAGUUUGCAUUGCUUGGUCUUCUUGUUGGAAAUGAUUUUGGUCAACAAACAUACACUUUUUUAACAGGAGCAAAGGUGUUAAAUGAAGUUUAUCAAAGGUUAAACGAGAAAGAAAAUCUUUUGGCCUAUUUACGAGCUGAUGCAGUGAGAAAAAUUGCAACAUAUUGUCAAAUGAAUCCAAAAGCCAGUUCAGAUGCUCAAGCUAAAGAAAUUAAAAAGCAUUUAGAUGAUUUUUGCGUUAAAGUAGCUUUGGUAACGGGUAAAAUAAAAAUGAAGGACUUGGAAUAAAUUUGCUUUAUUUAAUGUAAAAAAAGAUUUUUUUUUUUGUUUUAAAAUCAGAAACAUUUCUUAUUUUGAAAGUUGAAAUCAAAAUUAUUUGUUGAUUUCUUAUUUAAUUUUUUUUAAAUAAUUUUUUAAAAUUCGUUUUUUUCUUACUUAAAUUGGUUAGACAAUACAUUUUGUACACAUUUCAAUUACUUAAUGGAAAUGCAUAUAUUUGUUAUUUAUUAAUUUUACGAGUAAAUUAUAAAUUAUUUGUUUUCUAAAAUA